AAACUUAUUAAAAAACUUGAUCUCUAAGUUUAAGCGGGGAACUUGAAACCCCUCUAGCGCAGCGUUGAGUCAAGUUUCAAGAAUUUUGCUCUUUAAAAAGAAGAUUUCAUCCGAUUCAGAUUGGAUCUACGCUCUGCCAACGCCAACUUGUUUGAAUCUCCUUAACUAAGUUCUGAUUCAAAUUAAAAUGCAGUUUUCUAGAACCCGAUGUUCAGAUUUUUGGUGUUAAUCGGAUCUUAUUUCGUCGACUUCAUCGUGUCCGACCAGUCAGAUUUGGGUCGGCAACCGGAUAAGAUCCAGAUGUUCCUGAUUAACUCAGGGGGCCACUCGCGGGCGAGUUCUCCACGAUCGACGCAGCCGCCCGACUUCUCUUCCUCCUCAUUGCAGAGGCUAGUGACUGCCGUCUUCCUUGUUCCUUGAUGGCAAGGCAAUUGAUGUCAUAAGAAAGGAAGCUGCUAGGGGAAAGAGUAGAGACAUUGUCGAGUUUACAAGAUACUGAGGCAGAAUAUGGAAUCUUCAGUUGGAACUGGAGCUGCAACACUUAAUUCUUCAGUUGCUCCGUCUUCGUCUGCACCAACACUAUCUGAGCGUUCAUGGACUUGCAUUGAUCUUGUUUCUUCAUCUCCAUCAAGUGGCCAACCUCAAGUCAGAAGCUUGGGUUCUACUCAAGAUAAUCCUAAGGUGGAACAGGGGACACCAUUGCAAAGCAUAAGUUCGCAUCAGCAACGAAAUAAACUUCCUCAACAAGAACGGAAUUAUGCUGUGCCACAAUCUGGCCAUGCAAAAACCAUUCCAACAUACCUGGAUGAAUUUAAGAAUGGGUUUCCAAUGGAUGGCUUGUCAUCUGUUUCAGUCAGAUGGUGGGGAAAUGUGGAGAGUGAUGAUAAAGAUGCACUUUUGGAGAAAGAAAGUGUGGAGAAUGAACCACCAAAGGAUUCAGCAGCCAAGACUGGAGAGACAGACUGUGGAGAUGAUAAAAAUACACUUUCAGAGAAAGAAAGGGUGAACAACGAGCCAUCAAAGAGUUCAAUAGCCAAGACUGGAGAAGCAAACCAUGAAGAUGACCAAGCCUCAACACCUGUUGUGGGGGCUCCAUGUGUGACAGCUCCCUGUAACACGGAGAACCUUGAAGCGCAAUUAGAAGGUGCAUCUUUGCUUUCUGCAAUACGUAAAAAAAAUGCAGAGGAUGGGAUUCAUGUUCUUAAACUUGGUAUAUCGAGAGGAUAUGGUACAUCCAGGUUAAGCAAGCGAGAGAAAUUAUUUCUCUCAGAAAUUUUCAGAUCUUCAUUGCCAGCUCAAUGGAGAUACAGCAUGUUUUAAGCCAUGAUUUCAAGAAGAUAUAGUCCACACCGCAUCAGUAAGGAGGCCAGCGAUGAAGUAAAAAGAAAAUCAAGUUAAUGAGGACCAGGGUCCUGCUGGGCAUCCUCUUGAGGGGAAAUAUGACAACAGUGGAAUUGGGACCUUAGUGAAUCUGCUUAUAAGGGUCACACACACACACACACACACACAGGGAGAGAGAGAGAGAGAGAGAGAACAUUGUCUAUGACUAUAUGUGGAACAUUGCUGAAUGUUAUCUCUAUUACAUAAGGGCAAAUUUCUUGAUUU